UACGACUCUUGGCUUGUCUUCCCCGCAUACAACCUAACCUGCUGGAGAUCCUCUAGGACAAUCUAAGAUGCGGGCCCGGUCCGCCCUUGCACCACGGGAAUUCGACGGAGCAAUAUGUAGAUGGCUUCUCUGCGGGGAACAACGCAUUGUUGCACAGCACCGGAUCCGUGUAGAAUGUAAGUGUGGUGGUUGACUUUCGUCGUCUCCUCGCUACGAGCAUUCAAAUAGUACCUUUCAAUCCGAAUCUGUGGGGAAGCCCAUCCGAGGGCACUCAGCUGCUUUCUCACAAAUCAACUAUAACACGACGACGGUCCUGGUCGCUUCCUUCCCACCAUGGUCAAUUCGAUGAGAUCACUGGUGGGCGCUUGGCUCAUUCCUGUGAUUACCGCACUGAGCCGAUCGACCCUGCGCAGCACGUCUACAUCCGCUUCGUCCGCGCAAUUUACAAUUCCGGCUGAAGCGGACAUUGGGGCUCAGUUGAUUGCCAACAUCGACGAUCCUCAAGCAGUCAAUGCGCAGUCAGUAUGUCCGGGUUACAAGGCUUCUGAUGUGCAAGAGAACCUCCAUGGCUUCAUAGCGCGAUUGGCGUUGGCCGGAGAACCUUGUGAUGUUUAUGGGACAGAUGUCGAUGCUUUAACCUUGACGGUGGAUUACCAGGCAUCCAGUCGACUAAAUAUCCAGAUUCUUCCCACCUUUACCGACGCCGUCAACUCCUCCUGGUUUCUCCUGUCAGAAGAGUUCGUACCUAGGCCCGAGUCAGGUGGCGCAACCAAUGCAAGUGACCUCAUAUUCUCCUGGUCCAAUGAACCCUCUUUCAACUUCAAGGUCGUUCGCAAAGCUACCGGGGAUGUCUUGUUUGAUACUGAAGGCACCGUCUUAGUCUAUGAGAAUCAAUUUAUAGAGUUUUGUACUUCUCUACCUGAAGAGUACAACCUGUAUGGUCUCGGCGAACAUUUCAACCAGCUAAGGCUGCUCAAAGAUGCGAAUGUCACCAUGUAUACGGCGGAUGUCGGAGAUCCUAUUGACAGCAAUAUCUAUGGGCAACAUCCGUUCUACCUUGAUACGAGAUAUUUCAAGACCGGCAAUUCCAGCGAACGAGCAAAGAGAAAUGAAUCCAAUGCCUCGGGACAAUACACCUCCCAUUCGCACGGCGUAUUUUUGAGAAACAGUCAUGGGCAGGAGGUGCUUCUGCGAUCUCAGAGAUUGACUUGGCGGACUCUUGGAGGAGGCAUCGACCUGACCUUCUACUCGGGGCCUACUCAGGCCGAUGUAACCAAGCAGUACCAAAUCAGCACGGUGGGCUUGCCGGCCAUGCAGCAGUAUAGCACCCUCGGCUUCCAUCAAUGUCGUUGGGGCUACAACAACUGGUCUGAGCUUGCAGAAGUUGUUGCUAAUUUUGAGAGGUUCGAAAUUCCUCUGGAAUAUAUUUGGACGGAUAUUGACUACAUGCAUGGAUACCGUGAUUUUGAAAAUGACCAGCAUCGCUUCUCUUACAGCGAGGGUGCAAAGUUCCUCAAGGACCUUCAUGAGGGUGGGCGUUACUAUGUACCAAUCGUCGAUGCCGCAUUGUAUAUUCCAAAUCCGGACAAUGCCUCUGAUGCGUAUGACACAUAUACGCGUGGCGCAGCAGCUGAUGUUUUUAUCAAAAAUCCCGAUGGUAGUCUAUACAUCGGUGCUGUCUGGCCGGGAUAUACUGUGUACCCCGACUGGCAUCAUCCGAACGCGACCGAAUUCUGGUCCAACGAGCUUGUUCUAUGGGCCAAGAAUGUGGCAUACGAUGGUGUGUGGUACGAUAUGGCUGAAGUGUCUUCAUUCUGUGUGGGCAGCUGUGGGAGCGGUAACCUCACGCUGAAUCCGGUGCAUCCGCCGUUCCUGCUACCUGGCGAGCCUGGAAAUAUCGUUUACGACUAUCCAGAAUAUUUCAACGUGACGAACGCCACCGAAGCAGCCUCAGCUUCAGCUGGGGCUGCCAGUCAGACAACCUCAACUGGGUCCUCGCCAUCCACUUCGACAGCCUACCUGCGGACGACGCCGACACCUGGUGUUCGCAAUGUCAAUUACCCGCCAUAUGUGAUUAACCACGUGCAAACUGGUCACGACUUGAGUGUUCAUGCUAUUUCACCGAAUUCUACUCACUCUGAUGGUGUGCAGGAAUAUGACGUGCACAGUUUGUUUGGCCAUCAAGGCCUCAAUGCUACCUAUCAAGGCCUGCUCAAGGUCUGGUCCGGCGAGCGGCGUCCCUUCAUUAUCGGACGCUCGACUUUUGCUGGCUCCGGCAAGUGGGCUGGUCACUGGGGCGGAGAUAAUAUCUCAAAGUGGGGUUCCAUGUAUUUCUCGAUAGCACAAGCGCUAUCCUUCUCCUUGUUUGGCAUCCCGAUGUUUGGAGUGGAUACUUGUGGUUUCAACGGAAAUACGGACGAAGAGCUUUGCAAUCGCUGGAUGCAAUUGUCUGCCUUCUUCCCUUUCUACCGCAAUCACAAUGUACUUUCUGCCAUCCCGCAAGAACCAUAUCGAUGGGCCUCAGUCAUCGAAGCGUCGAAAGCCGCCAUGCAAAUUCGGUAUGCUUUGCUGCCUUACUAUUAUACCCUGUUCCAUCUCGCCCAUACCACAGGAUCUACAGUUAUGCGGGCGCUGGCCUGGGAGUUUCCGAGUGACCCCACUUUAGCUGGCGUGGAUACUCAGUUCCUCGUUGGCCCUUCCAUCAUGGCCAUUCCUGUUCUCGAGCCGCAAGCCGAUACGGUCAAAGGGGUCUUUCCCGGAGUGGCACAUGGAGAAGUGUGGUAUGACUGGUAUACACGGACUGUCGUCAAAGCGGAGGCGGGCGCGAAUACGACAAUUUUGGCACCACUCAGCCACAUCCCAGUUUAUGUACGCGGUGGCAGUAUCCUUCCUCUACAGGAGCCGGCAUUGACUACUCGUGAGGCUCGCAACACCACUUGGUCCUUGCUGGCCGCACUUGGCAGUGACGGUACUGCAUCGGGACAACUUUAUCUCGAUGACGGGGUGAGCGUUACCCCCAAUGCGACGUUGAAUGUUGACUUUGGGGCAUCUCACUCAAGUCUGCACAUCACCACAACGGGAAAGUGGAAAGAAGUUAAUUCACUGGCGAAUGUGACGGUGCUUGGAGUUAAGAAGGCAUCCCCAUUGGUGAAGUUCAACGGGAAACAGAUGUCAACAGUCAACUAUGACUCAACAGCGCACAUCUUGUUUGUCGGUGGUCUGCAGGAAGUGACAAAGAGCGGUGCAUGGGCUGAAGAUUGGGUUCUAGAGUGGUGAUUGCUAGUAUUUCGUCUUUUGUAUGAUUGAGAAAGAUAGCAACCCGUGACAAAAAUGCAC